AUGCCUGAAAUUGAAGAGCAAGUAUACAAGGUCCUGGUUGUCGGAGGUUCCUACGCUGGUUUGGCCGCGACUUUGAACCUGAUCGAUCUGUGUCAUGGCCGGAAAUGUCGCUUCAACUUGGAUCCCAGCGCAGUUGCGCCCCAGAGAAAGAUUCCUGUUCAAGUCACCAUUGUGGAUGAGCGCGAUGGGUAUUACCACUUGAUCGGUGUCCCUCUUGCACUUGGUUCCAACCAAGAUGCUAGUAAUUUCUGGAAGAAAUAUGAAGACAUCCCUGCCCUCCAGUCCCCGGAUAUCAAGAUCAUCCAGGGAAGUGUAGAAUCCGUGGACUGUAAAUCGCGCGUCGCACGGAUUAACCAGACCACAGCAAGCGAUGGCCACAGGAUUCUGGAGGAGAAUUACGAUUACAUGAUCGCUACAACUGGUCUAAGGAGAGAAUGGCCAAGCGCACCCAAGUCGUUGAGUCGUGAAGCGUAUCUUGCCGAAAUGGCAGACUCAGUUGAGACUAUUGAAAAUGCCGCGCAAGGUGUUGUAGUCGUUGGUGGUGGUGCUGUUGGUAUUGAAAUCGCAGCAGAACUCAAGAUGCUUCGCCCACAGAGCACGGUAACUCUGAUUCACUCCCGCCAAGCCCUACUCUCCUCCGAACCACUCCCCGAAGAAUUCAGUGCAAAGGCACUGGAGCUCCUCAAAGAAUCCAAUGUGGAGUUGAUUUUGGGCACACGAGUCCAGGAAACAAUUCCAGCCAACGGACCUACGCCGCCCAAGUACAAACUCAGGCUCUCCAAUGGCGAGGAAAUACACGCGGAUCAUGUCAUCAAUGCUGUCUCCAAGUUCACACCCACAUCAUCUUACCUACCAAAGGAAGCCUGUAACUCCGAAGGUUAUAUUCGCAUCACACCCGGUCUUGAGUUUGCUGGUGACGUCUCUAACAGGGAGUACCACUAUGCUGCAGGGGAUAUUGCUUGCUGGUCUGGUGUCAAGCGUGGUGGAGCUGCUAUGCACCAGGGUCACUUUGCUGUUGUCAAUAUUCAUCAGAAAAUGAUGGCAGAGAAAUAUAAGUCCGAGCCUACAUUUGUCGAGCUGGCUGAGGUCAAGCCUAUGAUGGCUUUGGCUCUUGGAGCUACUGCUGUUGGAUACUUCCCUAUGACCGGCAUUUCUUCAGGAGAUGAGGUACGGAACAUGUUCUUCAAUGAGGAUCUUGGAUAUCAAAUUUGCUGGAAAUGGAUGCGCCUCGGAGAAGCAACAGCCUAG